AUGCAAUCUACUAUAUUCAUUCUGCUCGCUGUCACUAGUGGUAUCGCACACAAACAGACACCUCGAAUAACACAGACGGACGCCUCGGGUAACACAGACGGUAUCUGCCCCGAAGGUUGCAAUCUGUUCCGGUGUCGUCCCUCUUCAUGUCCGCCCCUCUUCACUGCCUUGACCUAUUCAUUGCACUAUAUGCAUUGCAACGGCUUCACUGCAGGCAUACGAAUGCUACACGAACUAUCUGACGACACACUGCUGAGCGGGAACGACCCACUGCUGAGCGGGAACGACGGAGACUUCCGCUCGAGUUUCCAACCUAUCUUUCUGACAGAAGAUUCCGAUCCUGUUGGUCAAGGAGAGGCCCCAAGUCUCCAAGAGUCGGAAGGACCUGAUGACAGUGCGCCAGGUGAAGACUUCGCUGGCGACGAAGAAAAGGCCAAAGCGGUCGACCUAUUUCGUUCCUCGAACAUUGGACCGGAUGAGCCGCCGUUGGACAACUGGGGCAUUACUACGGACACGAUCAGAGAAGUCCAGAACAAUUUGGAGAAUUACCUUCGAUCGUACACAGCCGAUAAAAAAGACCUUGAGACAAGCUUGUAUAACCUGAAUGGUAAGUCGAGGCUGUGA